UUCCGAGCUUUAUCACACGCAAUCUACCAAAGCGCGAUGACCUCACGGCCUUUAUUUUGACGUUCCGACCGUCAAGAGACGCAGCGCUGGAGGAAAAAAUAAGGGGGAGGAAAAAGGAAAAAAAGAAUGAGAAUACAGCUCUAGCUGCUGGGUAUGGACACAAACGGCCCUCGCGUGAUCCUCGCCCUGCUAGGAACGGCACUCGCCCAGCCCCAUGUUACUAUGCAUUCAGGAGUGCAUUCCAAGGAACCUGAAGAAGCCUGGGUUGGGUGCGGCCGGUGGGGGCCAACGCAACGGCACGCAACGCACCAGGAGGUUUGCCAUGACGACAUCCUACAUACCCAUACACAGUGCUGUGUAUGUAGUGGAGGGGCAGAGACUGGUGGCCGCGAUGGACCAACAGGACUCCGGAUCUCCAGUCGCCAAAGCUCGAGCAUCCAACCCAUUCUCAGGGAGUCGCCCAGCAACGAGGCUAUCCAAGCCGGUGCUGACAUCGAAGGCGUGAUUGGCUUUAUCAUGGAUAUUACCGAGCUCAAGGCCCGUGAACAGGGUCUCCAAGCGCAGGCCGAGGAAAAGCGGCAGCUCGACGCCAACGAAGCUGCUGGGGCAGAGCUUGGAGGGGAGCAGCGAGAGCUGGCAGAACAUAUCCACCGAUGUGCCAACGAGCUCCUGACCGUCAUCAACGACACUCUGGACUUCUCCCAGGUGGAAUCGGGGCGCCCCGACAUCGAAGAAGUGCGGUUUUCUCUCCCGGUUACCGUUCAGGAAGUGAGCAAGAUCCUCGGUUUCGUCGCUGAGCGCAAGGGCCUCGCUUUUCAUACCGCCAUCGCAGCCGACAUCGAGAGUGACUUUGCGGUCAUGGGCGAUCCGGGCCGGGUGCGGCAGGUCAUGACCAAUCUGCUUGCGAACAGCACCAAAUUCACAAAUCAGGGCUCCGUGACGCUCUCGGUCACAAAAGAGAAUGAGGCUGUGGAUGCCGCUGAGAUCAAAUUUGCCAUCCAGGACACCGGGAUAGGGGUCGAUGAAGAGGUUCAAAAGCGUCUCUUCCAGCCGUCUCACCAGGGCGACGCGUCUACGGAGAGGAGACUUGACGGCAGAGGGCUUGGGCUCAGCGUCUCCAAGACGCUUCUAGAGCUGAUGAAGGGGCGAAUAGAGUUGAGGUCGAGGGCUGGCCAGGGUACUACAGUCACGUUUUGGAUCUCGUUCAAGAAGGCACGGCCGCGUCCGACGACAGGCCCAUCGUCGCCUGCCGGGCUAUACCACCCAGAACCGAUCUUGGUCUGCUACAAUUCCGAAGUGGCGCCCACUUCCGACACAGCUCCGGUGAAGCCCGCCGACGCCGUGGAUCACAGCAGCCGAUCGGCGUGGGGGAGCUCAUCAAGCAGCCUCCUGACUGUCGCCGACCCAGAGGAGCAACUUCCCCGUUCUGAGCGCGCCAACAUCCACGUCCUAGUCGUCGACGACAACCCCGUCAACCGAAAGUACGCCGUCAGAGUGAUCGAAAAGCUCGGCUUCCAGGUCGCCGCAGUGUGUAACGGCAAGGAGGCGCUGGACUACAUCGCUGCCGCUAAGGAGGGGACGCUAAGAAAGCCUGAUAUUAUUCUCAUGGACGUCCACAUGCCCAUAAUCGACGGCUACGAAUGCACGCAGUACCUCCGCCACAACCUUGACUAUAAAACCUACGUCAGCCAGGUCCCCGUCGUCGCCCUGACGGCUUCUGCCACCCAAGAUGACAGGGAGAAGUGCGAGCGCGCAGGGAUGGACGAUUACCUACCCAGGCCGGUCACGGUCAGGUCCCUGGAGCGUAUGCUGGUCCGCUGGAGCAUCCAGGGCCGGCCUCCCCCGGCGAACGACGAGCCGCCAUCGUUCCCGAGCCGAGCUCAGAGUGCCUCCGUCGUCCUCAAGCCGCAUCUGUAAAUACUUUGCUAUUCCUUCCAUAAUGAUGAAUCUUCAACAAUCUUUGAAAUGUUCCUUGGCGUUGAGCAGAAAACCUUUGAACUUCCGACGCUACCGUUUUCAUAUUCUUUACAUGCAAGAUAGUCUGGGAUUUGUCAAGUGGACUUCUGUGCUGAAUAGCCUCCACAAGCAAACAUGCCCUUAACUGGCCGACGUUCGAAAAUGCAAUCUUGGCUUCGUUGGGAGGGGUACAAGCCCAUGAGGAGUUCUUGAUUAAACCUGGCUCAACCAGAGUCACCACCGGGCUAGCUCAAGCGCACCGAUCUGUUUCGGGAACGGUCACUCCGCUUGUG